AUGUUUGGAAAUAAAAAGCACACACUACCGCCGAGGCCAAAGCCUCCUGGGGUAGAUGAACUCUUGGAGGAUCUAGAUAAUUCAAGAAAUAAGGAUGAUGUGGCAUUUAAACUUUUGGCUAGAGAGUCAGCAUACCACGACAGUCCUGAAUCAUUAGAAAUGAAUGAACUCAACAAUGUUUAUGAAAAAGUUAAGACUUACCUUGAUGUCCAUAAAAAAUUACAAGUGGUAAAAGAUUCUAUAAGUGAUAGCGGAGAACAGUUAGAGACCAGUGUUAACGAUAUGUUAAAAAAAACCGAAGAAAUCAAAGUGCAAGCUCAAGCAGCUUUAAUUCAAUGAAACUAUACUUAUUUCUUGUCAAUAAA